AACGCAAUCAACAUCCUUCCCGCGUAAUUUGAUAAAUUUUACUAUUUUUUUUCGACCAAAUCAAUCCCUGACUUGAAUUUUUUCGAGUUUUCUCUCUUUUUACACCAAUCGUAUCACUCCUUACCAAUUCACACGCAUCCCCAACAGUUGCGAUGGCACCUUCAAGACCAGCGCGUGGGGCGGCCAAGGAGAAUGGCACCACAACUGAAGCUGCUGCAGCUACCGGUGAUGCUCCCGUGAAACGUGGUCGUGGUCGUCCUCCUAAGAACGGCAUCGCGCCUCAGGAGAAGAAAGCUCCCUCGGGUCGCCCUCGUGGCCGCCCCCCAGGAACUGGUGGCGUGAAGAAGGCCACCAAGCCCCCACCACCUAAGUCUACCAGAAGUGGUGUCGGUCGACGGGGUCGUCCUCGCAAGUCCGACGCGUCGGCUGUCGUCACACCCAAGAAAGCUACCGCAACUCCCAAGUCUGCGUCCAAGACCGCUAGCACCGGUAAGGGACGCGGCAGACCGCGCAAGGCCUCGGCUCCUGUUGUCGAACAACCCGACGACGAGGAGGAGUCGGAAGAAUCUGAGGAGAAAGGCGAAGACGAGGAUGCCGCUGUUAAUGACGAGAUCGCGAUGGACGAUGCCGCCGGUGAUGACGACGAUAAUGCCGCGGAAGACGACGACUUGCCCAACCCAGAGGAUGAUUAGGAUAACGAAGUGGCCGCCUCAUACGUUGGAGGCCUACUAGCAAGUGCUUUCCGACACUUUAGCGGUGUGGGGAGCGUACAAAAUACUCCUAGACGAUAAGGUCGCCAUUUUUCUAUUGCUAGGCAUGAAGCGAAUUCGCUUCGAUCUUCCGAAGGAGCUGUGCGCGGUUAACGGACACGUUUGUGUCAUGGGAGAGACAAUCUUUGGUGGUUAGCUGAAUGGGAUGGCGUUGGUGGUGAGCAAUGGGGCUGACAAGUAAUUCUGAAGCAGCAAUCGCUCACUGGUUUACAAUGACUAUUGCU